AUGCUUGCCCAUCUUUCAAACAUAUUCACCCCCUCUACCAGUCCUUCCGUGCUCCUUGUUAUCGGCAAGUUUGGUGCCACGAUCCAUAUUCUACAUCUCCUACCCGAGAGCCGCACCAUCGAACGCUUCAGCCUCAUAACCCCAUCUUCCAUUACCACCUUCCGCCACCACGGAGCCAGAGAGCAGGCGCGCGAGCAGAUCGGCAUAGUCACACUUCACGUUGGAGAUGGCGAGACUGCCAACAGCUUCCUGGACGACGUUGAGACAAAUCCUGUUGAGGUGGCUCAGCUAGUGCAAGACGUCCUUCAGCCCGCGGCGCUCGAUGCGAUUCAUGAAAGAGUGGAGCGAGAUCGCUCUAUGCGCGCGACGCAGACGUACCCUGUUUUUGUUGUUUACAUCAUACGCUCGAGCGCAGGGACGAGCCUGACUGAACUGACAAGCUUUCCUUAA